UUAUACUCCACUAAAAGUUAUUAAAAGAUAAUGGCUAUAAUUCCUUGUGCUAUUCAGAUGAGUUUGCAUGUUCAACAUUGUGUUCAAAAGAAUGGUAGACACUGAAGUAGACAAUGUUUUUUCUCAGAGAGAACACACCAUUUUCUUUGUCUGGUAGCUAGGAUAUGGGGCAGAUCAUUUCAGUCCAACUAGGGGUUAUGCUGGGAUUGUACCAAGUUGUAGUUUUAUUUAAAUUGUUUCAGUUUACCUCUGAUUUCACAUAUUUGAGAGUGAGAUCAGUUCCUUCCUUCAUCAGGGGUUUGGGAUCUAAGUACCCAAGACCAUAGAAAUAUUUCUUUGCUUUUUAGCUCACACCCAGUUUCCUGUGAAACUCCACUUAAGGGUUGAUUUCCUUGAUCUGAUUAGAGUUGAGCUGGGUGGGGGCUGGGUUACUUAGUUGCACUUCAACUCUGCUGUAGGUAACAACAUUGAUAAAUCUCAAACAUAAUGAUGAGUGAAAGAAGCCACAUACAAAUGAAUACAAACUGUAUGAUUUCCGUGUACAUAAAGUUCAGGUGAAAUUAAUCUGUAGCAUUAGAAAUAAGAACCAUGCUACCUUUGGGAAGGAGAGAGGGGUAGUGACUAGGCGGGGGCAUAAGAAGGGCUUGUCUCAAAUGCUGGUGAUGUUCUGUCUCUUUACCUGGGUGGUGGUUACCUGGGUGUGUUUACUUUGUGAAAAUCUAUUGCACCAUAUACUUAUGAUUUGUGUUCUUUUCUGUAUGUGUGUUAUAGUUCAAAAAUAAAAAAGAAGAUGUAUAUGGUGGGGGAGGAGCUCUUGCACAAAAAAACAAGGUUAAAAAGAAAAAUUAAGCUAUAGAUAGAAGAUAUUUACAAUGCUGUAACAAAGGACUUGUAUCCAGGAUAUUUUGUUUUAGAUUUUUCUACAAAUCAAAAAGAAAAAGACAGAAGGAGAAAAAUCAACCCAAUAGAAAAUGAGCAAAGGAUAAGAAAAAGAGAAGAGGCCUGAAUAGCCCAUAAACAUGAAAAGAUACAGCUUUCCCCAUCACUUUUGCAUCUGUAUAUUGGCUUGUGCCUUAUCACCAGUAGAUCAAGGAGAAGGGUUAAAUACUUUAAGAUGAGAAACAUUGAUGUUUGUUUGAGCUCUGAAGGGACUGAAGUGAUUUUAGCUACAUCAAGUGAUGAAAAACACCCACCUGAAAAUAUAAUUGAUGGAAAUCCAGAAACAUUUUGGACCACCACAGGAAUGUUUCCCCAAGAGUUCAUUAUUUGUUUUCACAAACAUGUAAGGAUUGAAAGGCUUUUAAUCCAGAGUUACUUUGUGCGGACCUUGAGGAUUGAAAAGAGCACUUCUGAAGAGCCAGAUGAUUUUGAGCAGUGGAUUGAAAGAGAUCUGGUACAUACAGAGGGGCAGCUUCAAAAUGAAGAAAUUAUGGCACGUGAUGGCCACGCCACUUACUUGAGAUUCAUUAUUGUAUCAGCCUUUGAUCAUUUUGCAUCUGUGCAUAGUGUUUCUGCAGAGGGAAUAGCAGUCUCAAAUCUUUCUUAAUAAUUAUAACAAAAUACUCUUGCACUAUUUUUUAACAAUAUAUUUAUUUAAACAUGAAGUUGUUAUUAUUAAAGGUAUUUGUAUCA